AUAUGGCAACGUUGGUCCAGUGCGAGAAAAGCAACAUGGAGGUCGAAUGCGUCGAAGAAGCUCCUGUGCACAAACGAAACAUCUCGCAGAUAAAAAACAAGAAAAGGAGGCUCGAGGAAUACCUGAAGCUUAAACGAGCCAAGCAAAAGCUCAAGAAACAAGCGCAGAAAAAACGUCGAAAAGAAGCUGAAGCCCUUGGUGAAAAUGCACCUCCAAAACAGGCGCCGCGUACGAUCGAAAACACCAGGGAACCGGAUGACACCAUGGUACAGGCAGACGAUGAAGAGGUUCGUAUCCAUAAAACACACUACCUUUGCUUCUUUGUUAAACUCAUUGGACAGGUAGAAAACACAACCACUACUGUUUACCGCUUGCAGGUCCAGCUGGAUGAAGCGAUGGACGAAAUGGCCGCCUACUUCCGAAAGGAGUAUGUCCCUAAGCUGCUCAUCACCACAAGUGACAACCCACACACACGAACCAUCAAGUUCUGCCGUGAACUCAAGCAGAGCAUACCCUACGCUGAUUUCCGGUGGCGCAACCGCUCACGAAUCAAGAAGACAGUCGAGCAUGCGAUUGAGCGCGGGUACUCGGACAUUGCUGUGAUUAAUGAAGACCGCAGGCACCCCAAUGGACUCCUCUUGACACACUUACCAGAUGGGCCAACUGCGUACUUCAGGAUAAGCAAUGUGAAGUUCUGCAAAGACAUCAAGGGUCGUGCUGCGUACAGUGCCCACCGUCCAGAAGUGAUUCUAAACAACUUCAACACAAGGCUGGGCCAUUCUGUGGCACGCAUGCUGGCCUCACUGUUCCACUAUGACCCCGAGUUCCAAGGGCGCCGGGUUGUCACCUUCCACAACCAGAGAGACUACAUCUUCUUCCGGCACCACAGGUACGAGUUCAGGAACGCUGAGAAGGUGAGCAUCCAGGAGAUUGGACCCCGGUUCACGCUGCGGCUCAAGAGCCUCCAGAAGGGGACCUUCGACUCCAAGUUUGGAGAGUAUGAGUGGGUGCUCAAGAGACACGAAAUGGAGACAAGCCGGAGAAGAUUCUUCCUCUAAUGAAGACUGUCACACAAGUGCAAAUGCUGUCAUCAGAACAGGGCCAAUUUCCAAGUCUCUUCCAGUAUACAUUAGUCAUAUCUGCGACCUGCUAAUUGGCAAGAACAUGACUUAUGAUGUCUUGGUGCCACUGGAGGAACCAUUGUGUUAUGAACAUUGUUCUCCCAGAGGUGUUGACCGAUGUUGCCACCUCCUGUAUUUCACACUGAAUGUGGAAUAGCAGAAAGUUGUUUUGAAGGGUGA